GCAGCAGGAUAACAUGGAGUCGGGCAAGAUGGCGCCUCCCAAGAACGCUCCGAGAGAUGCCUUGGUGAUGGCACAGAUCCUGAAGGAUAUGGGAAUUACGGAGUACGAACCAAGGGUUAUAAAUCAAAUGUUGGAAUUUGCUUUUCGAUAUGUGACUUCAAUUCUGGAUGAUGCAAAAAUUUAUUCAAGCCAUGCUAAGAAACCUAAUGUUGAUGCAGAUGAUGUGAGACUGGCAAUCCAGUGUCGGGCUGACCAAUCUUUUACCUCUCCUCCCCCGAGAGAUUUUUUACUGGAUAUUGCAAGGCAGAAAAAUCAAACCCCUUUACCACUGAUUAAGCCAUAUGCAGGACCCAGACUGCCACCUGACAGAUACUGCUUAACAGCUCCAAACUAUAGGCUAAAGUCCUUAAUUAAAAAGGGACCUAACCAAGGAAGACUAGUUCCACGGUUAAGUGUUGGUGCUGUUAGUAGCAGACCUACCACUCCUACUAUAGCAACCCCACAAACAGUGUCUGUCCCAAAUAAAGUUGCACCUCCAGUGUCAGUGACAAGCCAAAGAUUUACGGUGCAGAUUCCACCUUCUCAGUCCACACCUGUCAAACCAGUUCCCGCAACAACUGCAGUUCAAAAUGUUCUACUUAAUCCUUCAAUGAUUGGGCCCAAAAAUAUUCUUAUUACCACCAACAUGGUUUCAUCACAGAACACGGCCAAUGAAUCAAACCCAUUGAAGAGAAAACAUGAAGAUGAUGACAUUGAUACUGUGUAAAGAAUAUAGUGUAGUCUCUAUGCAUUUCAAACGUGUAGUUGGUUUUGAGCCCAGUAUACCAAACUAGAACAUUCUUGAUCGAAAACUUAAAUGUAGCUGCAAUAUCUUUCACCUUAAAGUGUUAUAUUUAUUUCUUAAGGGUACCAAUGUUUUUUCAUUAGGCUUCAAGUAUAAAAAGUUAAGUGCUUGUUUUUUAAUGGUUUCAUUAAUGUUGAGUCCUGCUAUGGUAAUUCUAUUUUUGGAAGCAGUUUUCUGCAAUGUAUCUGACAGCAACACUUAAGUUUCACUUUCUACAGCCUGAUCAGUGGACUAAUCUUUAACAGCAUAAUUUCUAAUCUAUAUUUAAAUACUUCUUUUGUAAGAUAAAAUAGUCACUUUUAUUGUCACCAACUUUUUUGACCAGAUCUCUCAAUUUAGCAAAUAACUUUGGAGAGGUUGGAUUUAGAGGGAUUCUAAAUCCAUUGUGAAUAUAUUUAAGCUGUUUCUUGAUGUUCCCUAACCUCCCACCUCAGCCCCGUUUCUAGAUCCCAUUCAUUUUCUGCACCACCUCCUCCCCACAGGCUUAGGUUUCUCCCUAUUGCUCUUAAAUUUAAAAGGCCAAAACUGGAACUUUAGGAAUAUAAUUCCUGAUAAUACAGCUCAGUGUCAUUUUCAUAUUUUUAAAACCUGCUUUACAUGCAUGAUGGUCUAGGGUUCACUUUAACCAGAAGGUUUGCAUUUGCUGUUUUUCUCUCCAUACCAGAGCAGUUGGGUUUUAUCCCUUGCCUUUUAUGCCCACUGAGCAUUACUCUGCUUUUGACAGGUAGUUUGGGAUCAGUUACAUUCAGUUUCAGUCAUAUUCCAAGUUGAUAACUCCACCAUAUUUCACAGUUUGAAAUUUAACACGAAAGAUGCUAUAGCUUAAAAUCUGCCUUGAUAAGUAUACUUACACUGGACCUAGGCAAAACCACUGAAGAGCAAGUGUUUUCUUCCUUUUUACCAUACAUAUAUAUGAUUUGAUCACUACUGCUUGAACCCCCCUAUUGGUAUAAUUCAGAUUUUUCCAGCUUAUUGCUGAGGAUGUCACACAUAAGAUGGGAUCAAACCUGAAAGUUUUGUAAUGGUUUUCCUUCCUCUAGAAGGCCAACACAAACAAAUUAGUGUGAUGUGACUUGCGUUUAGGUGCACUCUGCAUAGGCUUCCCAGUAAUGUUGCUAAACACCUUUCCCUAUUUUCCAUUUAUACACAUCUAAACAUCUUAUUGAGAAAGACUGCAAAGCUUUCAAAAAUAUAAACAGGCUUGUGUUGUUUUUGUUUAAGUAAGUUUGACAUAUUCAACAUAGGAAUACUUUUGCAGAAUUUCUAAAACAAAUUUUUAUAUCAUAAUUUAGAACUUAUAGCCAAGGAUCCUCAAAACUUAAAACACAAGUAAGUUUCAUCUUAGGAUGGUGCUUGAUACAGCAAAGAGAAAUAGUCCAGUAACAGGGAAGAAAUAUCUCAUCAAAACUGUGAUUCAGUGUUUUUGGAUAUUAGGAAAAGGUGAUACCAGACUUAUAAAAAUAGAUCUGAUCAUCAUAGGAGAGAAAUGUUCAUUAUAUAGCAUAGGAUGUCAUUACUUGAAUGUUCUCAGGGAGGCAUGUCAAAAGGCCUAGGUUCUAGUCCUGGCUCCAUCGCUAACCAACUGUGUGACCUUACUUCACCCAUGAGCCUUGUUCUCCUCACUAGUAAUAGGAAAAUAACACCAACCCUGCCUACCUCACAGGGAUGUUGUGAGGGUUUAAUUGGUAUAUGUGAAAGUUCUUUCAAAAUUGUAAAAAUGCUAUAUAACUCUAAGGAAUUGUUAACGUAUUUGUUCCAAGAUUAUUAAUAAAAAAUUGAACUUAC